AGUCCCACAUCCAGAGAGAGAGAGAGAGAGAGAGAGAGAGAGAGAGAGAGAGGCAGAGAGAGAGGGAGAGAGAGAGAGAGAGAGAAAUGGCGCCUCUAUGCUGCGCUCACUGAGCCAGUGUUUGGAGCCGGUCAGGGAGAACCAGUAAGGGCAAGACAAAAGAAAACAGAAAACAUGGUGAACACAAGGAAGAGCUCUCGGUCGGGCUGCGGCCCCUUCAUCUCCUCCAGGACCCGGUCGUCGUCGAGAACCGAGCCGAACUCUGAGGAACAUAAGGAGCCCAGUAGUGAUGUGAGCAGUCCCAGUAGCCCCCGGCUGGCUCCCCCUUCCAAGCGGACGCGGAGGCAGACGGCCUCUGAGCCCAGCUCCAGUGAUACCUCUCCAUCCCCACAAACCAAGAGCCAGAGGGUCAGCUGGGACAUCCCUACCUACCGCACUAGGCUGUCCUCUCGCAUAAUGCAGAAUGGGCAUGCACAUGUGAGUCACCGGAAUGAUGAGAGCGGAGGUGGAGAUCACUCUCGUAUGAAUGGCCAUGUAGAGCUGAAGAGGAGCUGCCGGGUGAAGAAAAGCCAGUUUGAACACCUCAAUCAGAGCCUGCUGUUUGAUCAGCUAGUCAACAGCACUGCUGAGGCUGUCCUUCAGGAGAUGGACAACAUCAGCAGCAUCAGGCAGAACCGUGAGGUGGAGCGACUUCGCAUGUGGACUGGAGACACUGUGGAGGAAAACAUGGACAUGUAUUCCCGGGUGAAGCGCAGGAAAUCCAUGCGCAGGAGCACUUUCAGCAUGCCAGCACACCACAAAGUCCUGAGCAAAACAGAGCAGGAGGAGGAAGAAGGGACGGAAGAAUCUCACGAGGAAGAGGAGGAUGAUGCCAGGGAUGACGAUGAAGACGAUGAAGGGGAUGAAGCAGAAGAGGCAGGAGAGGAAAAUGACAGACCAUACAAUCUGAGGCAGCGAAAGACAGUGCAGAGAUACGAGGCACCACCUAUUGAGCCUGUGAACAGAAAACAGAGCAACCCCUCACUUUUUGACACCCACAGAUCCCCAGCACGAAGAAGCCAUAUAAGAGUGAAGAAACAUGCCAUUCACAGUAGUGACACCACCUCGUCAUCUGAUGAAGAGCGGUUUGAGCGGCGAAAAAGCAAAAGCAUGACCCGGGCCAGAAACAGAUGUUUGCCCAUGAACUUGAAUUCAGAAGACCUGGCAAGCGGGGUUUUGCGCGAUAGGGGGAAAGUGGGUGCCAGCUUGGCUGAUGUGGAUCCCAUGAACCUGGAUAGCUCUGUGAAAUUUGACAGCGUGGGUGGCCUCAGUAAUCACAUUCAGUCACUAAAAGAGAUGGUAGUGUUCCCGCUUCUUUACCCUGAGAUCUUUGAGAAAUUCAAGAUUCAGCCUCCCAGAGGAUGUUUGUUCUACGGCCCACCAGGGACAGGAAAGACCCUGGUUGCGCGGGCACUUGCCAACGAGUGUAGCCAGGGAGACAAGAAGGUUUCCUUCUUCAUGAGGAAAGGAGCCGACUGCCUCAGCAAGUGGGUCGGCGAAUCAGAACGCCAGCUACGCCUGCUCUUUGAUCAGGCGUACUUGAUGAGGCCAUCCAUUAUUUUCUUCGAUGAGAUUGAUGGUUUGGCUCCCGUUCGCUCCAGCAGGCAAGACCAGAUACACAGUUCUAUUGUGUCCACUCUGCUGGCCUUGAUGGAUGGCUUGGACAGUCGUGGGGAGAUAGUGGUCAUUGGUGCUACAAACAGACUUGACUCUAUCGACCCGGCACUCAGGAGGCCUGGACGCUUUGACCGGGAGUUUCUGUUCAACCUGCCCGACAAGAAGGCCAGAAAGCAAAUCUUGGAGAUUCACACGCAGGACUGGAGUCCCAAAUUAGCUGAGCCAUUUGUAGAUGAACUUGCAGAAAAAUGUGUCGGCUACUGUGGUGCUGACAUCAAGGCACUUUGCACAGAGGCAACCUUGGUGGCGCUGCGUCGACGCUACCCCCAGAUCUACGGCAGCAGCGUCAAACUGAAGCUAGAUGUAACAUCCAUCGUCCUGGGGCCUGGCGACUUCAGCAAGGCCAUAAGUACAAUCGUCCCAGCCUCCCAGAGGGCCCUGGCUCCCCCUGGCCGAGCCCUGUCCCCCACCCUCAGGCCCCUUCUUGCAAGCUCUUUCUCCUUGGUGCUGAAAGCUCUGCUCCGAGUCUUCCCCCACGCUCAGUGUGCUGACAGGGACAACACACACGGCGGUGACAAUCAACUGCUAGAAGAGGACUUGUACAGCGACAAUGACGACGAGGAAGGCUCUGCUUCCAUCUUUGAAGUCGAGCCUGCUGCCUCCCCAAAGAGUCAUCUCUCUUCUGCAAUGCACAGACCCUUCAUCCAUUUUUCCACCUCCGCCCUCAAACAGCCCACAGCAUACCGGCCUCGUCUGUUGUUGACGGGGGCCUCAGGCUCAGGACAGAGCUCCAACUUGGCCCCUGCCUUGUUGCACCAUCUGGACAAGCUGCCAGUGCAUCGCCUGGACUUGCCCACUCUCUACUCUGUCAGUGCUAAGACUCCAGAAGAGUCCUGUGCUCAGGUAUUUCGUGAGGCCUGCCGCAGCGUACCCAGUGUUGUCUUCAUGCCACAUAUCUCUGAGUGGUGGGAGGCAGUGGGUGACACUGUGAAGAGCACCUUCCUCACCCUGCUGCAGGAUGUGCCCUCCUUCAGCCCUAUCCUUAUCCUCGCCACUGCGGAGACUCACUACUCACAGCUGUCAGAAGAGGUGAGAAGUUUGUUCCAGAGGACCUACGGCGAGGUAGUAACACUGUGCCCUCCAGGAGAAGAAGAGAGGAGGAGCUUCUUCUCUAACUUGCUGCUGGUCCAAGCAACCCGGGCUCCACCACGCCUCAGGAACACAGGGAGACGUGAAGAGGUACUGCCAGUGGCUGAGGCUCCAGGCCCCAGAGUGCUGUCAGCAGAGGAACAGCGCCGUCUUGCUGAACAGGAGGAGAACACAUUACGGGAGCUCAGGCUCUUUCUCAGGGAUGUGACCAAACGCUUGGCCACUGACAAACGUUUUAACAUCUUCAGCAAGCCAGUUGACAUUGAUGAGGUGUCAGACUACCUGGAAGUGAUUCUGCAGCCCAUGGACCUGUCUACUGUCAUGACCAAGAUUGACACCCACAAGUACCUGACAGUGAAAGAGUUCCUGGGGGAUAUUGACCUCAUCUCCAGUAAUGCUUUAGAAUACAAUCCUGACAAAGACCCUGGAGACAAGGUGAUCAGGCACCGAGCGUGCAGUUUAAAGGACUCUGCCCACGCUAUAUUUGCCGCUGAGCUCGACCCUGAGUUUGACCGCAUGUGUGAAGAGAUCAAGGAAGCGCGCAGGAAGAAAGACCUCCAGACGCCAACUCCGCAGACGGCAGCUCCGGGCGCUGUGGCAACCAGAAAGCACCACGCUGCAGGAGAGGAGCCGGCCAGGAGCAGCACUCAGGGCGAGGCCACUGACAAACAGUGCACCACUAAUCAUAUAAAGCGAAAGAUUCGCCGGCGGCCUUCUUGGGGGCGGGGCAUCAUCCGUAAAAAGAAGAGCUACAAGAAAGGAAUGGAAGAGGAUGAGGAUGAGCCCGAGGCAGAAGUGGAAGCUGCAGGACCCAGCGAUUCAUGUUUGACACAGGAUGAGGAAUCGUCUUGCGAUACCUCAGGUCCCCAACCCAAUGGCCACCAUCACCAUGCCCCCUCCACUGAGGAGGAGAGCUCCAGUGAGCCACUUGUUGUGGCUCCUGCUGAACCUCCAGAUGACAAUGAAGCCAGAGAGGAACCAAUACCUAAGGAGGAGGAGACCACAGUCAACGAGGGAGAGUCUGAGAACAUGGAGAAGGACACUGAGCUGUAUUGCGUUGGUGACAGUUCUCACCCCAAGGCAGAUGGGCAUAGCCAGGCCAAGCAGGUUGAGCUCCAUCCUCUGGCAGAAACAUCUGAGUCCUCAGAUGCUGAGGCCCAGUCCAAGCACAUAGAGGAUCUCCUAGUAUCACAAGUGGACUGUGUGAAUGGAAACGAGUCAAUGGAAAGUCUGGACUUGCAGAGCCCCAAGAGCAGCAGUGAGGCUGAGAAAAGGACUCCUCUGAGCAUGGCUAAAGGCUCUAAUGAGCCAGAGCAGGAAGAGCACAAAGACAAACAUGAGAGCCAUCCAACUCAGGGGCACCCCCACCAGGAUUGGAGGGCAGUUACUGAGAGUGCUGACGAAGAUCAAGACAUAGAAGGAGGUUCCAAAGUAAGGAAAUGCAAGAGGAGCCCAUCAGAGCAGCUGAAGGAAUCUGUUGAAACGACUGAGGAAGAGCCACAACCAGUCCCUCCGGUCGUGGUUGACCACCAGCAACUUACGGUGCUACUGGAUAUGGUGGUGAAGAAGAGCACUGGCUACAGCGUAGAGCAGCUGGAGAGACUGUACUCCGUUCUCAGCCAGUGUAUCUACAAGUACCGCAGAGAGUAUGACAAGACCCAGCUACUGGAGGAGAUGGAGGAGAGAAUCCAGCAUUUUGAUACAUUCCUGUGACCUGGAGAAACUGUACCUGUCAGGUAGAUCCUGAACAAGCCUGGGACCACAAAGACACAAACUUGAGUGAGAGAACGUGAAGGAGCUUCUGAGUCCAGCCCUUGACACGGAAAAACAAACACGAAAAAAAAUCCAGCCCCCUUCUUUUGGCAAGGAGGGAGCGCGAGGACGAGGUUGAGGAUGGAGACAUUCAAUGGUGCUAUCGUCUCAGGAACCUGGCCAGAUCCAGACCCAUUCUACACAACCAAACUCCUGGAGGUGUGUCAGCCACACAUCACAUGCACACACACUAACGGUGACGGGCAACUCUGGUGCUACUCGGGUGCUAUCCUAACUUUUAUCCAUGCUGCUCUUGGGAUUACUUCUUAACUUCGAUGACUAGCAAAACCAACAGAUCGGGUGAUGUCAUAUCACAACCUGGCCGCUUCUUUCCGGAGCAAGCCGUGCAUACACUCUUGCACACACACACACUGACGAUUGGGUAUGGGUAUGUAUGCAUUUCUACAAAUUCACACCAGAAAUGUGUACACAAAGACACACACACUUUUAGAUCCUCACCAGCAGAGGUGUGAAUGCAAAGUGCCGCAAAACGGGGGGGUUAGAUCUUUUUGCUGAACUACGUUGCCGAGCCCAUCUUGCCCAUAAGUGCAGUGGCGCCUCAUCACUGGCCAGUUAUCACCCCGAUAUCACGCGGCUCGUUUUUUUUAUCUCUGCCAUUUUAGUUACUUGAUUAGUUGAAUAUCUGAGCCACUGUCGAGGACCCUCAACCAGAACUGGAGUUUACAGAGAACUUUUUAAGUGCAAACACAAACUCGCUGAGGUUAGCACAGCAGGAUGAGGAGCGAUUAUGUCCUCUUCAGCAGUCAUCAGGUGUGGAAAGCUGUUAGCCCCCCCUCCCCUCUCCCCUCCUUCCCUGUUUUUUUUUUUUCAAGAGCUGUAAAAUCCACCUCACUCCACACGUUUGCUCACAGACGGCCUCUGUCCUUCACCGUCUCAGCAGAUUGUCGUGUCCUAAAUAGUUUGUUCGCUAUCUGCACGCCAUCCUCCCUCCCUCACUUUGUUCACAGUAUGAAUGUUUUCCGCUCCCACUCCAGCUUCUGCCCACCAGUGGAUGAUUUCUAUCGACACCCCCGGCUGAGAUACUGGAAGCAGUAUAAAUUGGAACGCGUCUGUAGUUUUGCACUGCCUAGCGUGUGCCUUAUUUAAAACCUCAUGAAACUCUGAAAUAUUUCGCAGGAUGUUUUUUUUUUGGGUAUUAUUUACUUAAGUCUCGUGACAAUGAACCCAAGUUGGGGUGGGUCUUAAUCAGUGAGGUCACAGUGACCUUGAAGCAAAAAAUUGUAUAUAUCUCUGUGCCAUUAGGUUGAUUAACGUCAUAUCUAGGUUUUUACAUCUCUGCUCAGUUAAAAUGUCAAAAUGGGCCAACAAAAUUUUUUGAAAGCAGGAAGAAAAUAUAUUCACGUUUGUGUUGUUACUGAAUUUAAAUGUGUUCAACUUGUACCACAAAGCAGUCAGGGGAGGUUGGUCUCCACCUGAUCCGACCGCAGGUGAAGGUUUUUCUUCAGUUUUUCAUAGGAAACAUAAAUAAUAAUAAUAAUAAUGGUGUGAGUCGAGUGAUCGAUCGUGCCAAGCGUUAUCCCACUCCCUCAAAAAAGGUGCUGACACCAACAGCGCCUGUUCACAGGAAUCCUGUUUGAAAAUGUUCUGUUAGACGCUCAUACGACUGAUGUAUUACGGUGUAUAUUUGAUGACUGUUUUUUUAACUUUUUUUAUAAGAUGCUUUGCUUGAGUUGAUUUUUUUUGGUGUUUUUUUGCAUGUGUUGUGAUUCCAUAUUGAACAAGGCCAUUCUAGGCAGUGCCCAUCACUAAGGUGUACAAAGCAUUACAUGAUUUUAUUUGAUUUUGUUCUUUCACAUGUGUAUGUUAGGACUUCAUCGAUUCAUUUUCUUUUUUCUCAACACCAGACGAGAGAAGCUGGAUUCUCAUUUGUGGCCCACACAGUACAUGUUCUUUUUCUGUCUGCAGUAAAUGAAGGUGUUUACUGAAUUUUUUCAUGCCACAUUUGAUUUCGGGGGAGCGGUGCUCUGUUCCGAGCAGGUGUAGCCUGACGGAGGCCCUCUUCUUUUCUCUCAGAGCGCUCCUCCCCCUCCAAUCCUCAAACUCCUCCCGGUGAAACUCUGACCCCAGCUCACCUCUGCCUUUUUCUCAGAUUCUGGGGUGACACAAAAAAACGCAAACUGGCAACGACAGGUUAGCACUUGGACUACUGCAGAGAAGAAUAAAACCAACGCUACCUCAGCUUAAUUUAUUUUAAAAACUGUUUACUGGGUACAUAAACAGUAUUUUCUUUUUCUCACACCUCCCCCCAAAAUACUGUUGCAACAUCCACAGUACCAUCCUCUGUACCAGAUCAGUGCAACCAAGGCUGCUGCAGUAACCCAACAGUUGUUUAUAUCUCUCUGAGUGUUAUGUACGUUUGCAUUUGAGCCAGAUGACGAUCGCAUACAUUUUAAGGAAACAUUUUUUUAUGCUUUAGAUUCAGGUUGUCUUAUUUUCUACUGUACAUUGACACGGAGGAGGCGUCCUACAUCUGCUCCUCUUUCACAUCAUCACCCCGAAUCUACAGAGGACUUUUUUUUUUUUGCCUCUUUACACAUGAUCAUCUCCCCCAAAAUGUUCAUCUCAUUCAUUCUUAUUUAUUAUUAAACAUGUUCUACACCUAAUAUUCAGUCAACUGUCUUUUUGUAAGUCUGAAAUUUAAAGAAUGGGGAAGCAACACGCGUCCGUUUUUACAACAACUUUGCUGAAUCGCUCAGCGUUUGUGUAGCAGGUUUUUUGGGGGGGGCGUGUACGGGGGAAUAAAGGGUUUACAGGUCUCUCAGGUUUAACACGCGACAACAUACCCUUUCGACUUUUUCUAUUUAUUUUAUUGUUCUGGUGUUUUCUUCGUUUUGAAGUGGUUACGGAUUGUGGCAUACUGGAAGUGACGAUUAUUAGGAUGGAACAGGAUAUUUAAAAAACGUAUUGUCUUUGAGUAAAACCCUAGGAAGAGAAACAGGACCAGAUGAACUUUUGUAUUCUUGUUCACUUUCUGCCAAGAGAAUUACUUUUUAUGGAUUUAAAAACACAUUGGGAAAUAAUAUAUGGGUAGUUUUAAAUGUCAUACAUUGUGAUCUUCCUUUCUUGUUAUAAAUAGUAGCCAGUUUGGACUAACAACCAAUUUUUGUCUGGUAGUUGAGACUACUUAGUCCAGUAUGCAGAAGGAGAAAGGGUUUGUUCUAUCCCGAAAUGAUUUUGUUCUUCCCUAUUUUUUUCAAAGUUAAUUUAGUCGAGACUUUUCAUAGCUUUGUCAAUUCUUUUCUUUUGUGUAUUUAACACACCUGUUCGCAAUUGUUACUUUAGUGUAAGUUAUAUUUGGAAAUGAAACAUUUACUGUAUUUCUCAAAUAAACUGCUGUGAUAUACUUGAAUAAAAAGGUGCAAACUGUAAAA